GUGUUCGAUGUAAUCAUGCUACCAAUCUUGUUUUACGUCUGUUAUAUGUGUGAAGUAGAGCAGAGGUAGAAAAAGAGAAUAAAGAGAUAAAAAUGGGUGGAGGAGUUGGUCAAGCCGUGAAGAGAAUUCCUCGAAUCAAGUUCCCACAAAGACAUCAAAACCGAACACUCUCUACUUCGGAUGCUAAGAGUGUUUCUGUUUCGAGAUCCGACAUCUCGACGGCGCCCAUGAAUACUGCCAGUGGAGGGAAAGCUUCUCUGCAGCCUAAACGCACCCCUGUUACUGACAGGGAAAUUGAGGCUAUUCUGCUUGGUGGUACUUUUUAAUCACAUUCAUGGCCAGGCCAAAUUUUAGGCAUUCAGGACAUGUCUCUCUGGAAUAUGCUUCAUGGCCAUUGUCAAAACUGUACCUUUAGCAAUUCUGAGCUGCCCAGUUUUAUUUUUCUUUUGCAAUUUUAUUGAGCAACCAAAAAAUAAUGAAUAGCUGUCAUCUGUACAUGCAACAAUUGUUCUUGUAUUUUCCAGCAACCAAUAAAUACUUGAUACUUGUGAA